UUUUGCAGGCUGCCGGCCUGAAAUAACGGAAGUCCCCAGCAGCUUGGCCCUCCGGGCCUUCCCUCCACCUGCAUUCCGUCCUAACCUGGAACCUCCUUCAGGACGCAACUGACGACCAAACACUCCCCCUAAGGCAUCAGCAGCAGGAUCAAUUCCCGUGGAGCCAGCGACGACAUGGAAAGCAAUAUUGACGACCAGAACGGACCAUCCUCUCAUUUUCAGCCCAGCGGGUUCAUGUCGCCUGCGACCACCAGCACUGCUUCUGCCGCGCAGCUCGGCGGGAUGGAAUCCACAGAAGACCCUGACAGGCUGUUCGACUUCUUCAUCGCCCCAUCCGCGUACCGAUCGCCGUCGGAGACGCCCUCUACCUCAAUGCAGACGCCCAUCAAGGACGAGGCUUCGGGCCCAAACCUGCUGUCGUCCGAUCAGGCGUUCCCCGCACCGAGCCACGAGUAUGGCGCGUACAAACAACAAACGGGCAUUGUUCCCGGUGCGCUGGCCACUACCCUGGCCAUGAAUCAGAACAACCAACACAUUCUCAGCUACCUUGAUUUCAACGCCAUCGAUUUUUCCGAGACGGACGACUUCUUCGACUUCAGCAGUGCGCCGUCGCAAGGCCUCAUGCCCUCCCCAGAUUCUAUGCACAUGAUGAUGGGGACACCGUCGCCGGAGACCAACCUCUUCUCACAUCCCACCGUCGACCCGAACUUCCUCGGUGGCCAGGAAGGCGGCGCCCUGCCCCCCAGCCUCUCGUCCCACACCAGCCCCGUUGGCCGCCUACGACCGGGGAUGCACCAACAGGCAGCGUUGGCGAAAGCCCAGCAGCAGAAGAUUCUGCAGCAGCAGAGGCUAAACGCGCGCAAGCAGGCACAGGCGCAGCAACAACAACAGCAGCAGCCGCAGCAACAACAACAACAGCAGCAGCAGCAGCAACAGCAACAGCAGCCGGCGCACGUGCCGCAGCAGGCCAAUCUGACGCCGAACGCUCAGUUGAUUCAGGCGAACAAGAUGAUGGUGGAGCAGAAGAUCAACAAGGUUCUCAGCGCGGUGCACUGCGAGGAGCCCAAGGUGGAGCCCAUUACGACCCACCCAGUUUUGAACCAGCCGCCGAAGCCGAAGAAGACUUUCGAGGAGAUGGACCCCGACGAGAGGUUACUAGCAAGCGAGGAGGGCAAGGCCAUGAACCGCCUCGAGAAGAGGCAGGUCCGGAACAAGGUGUCAGCCCGCGCGUUCCGCGAGCGGAGGAAAGCGUACAUCGCCGCCCUCGAGAAGGAGGUCAUCGACUGCAACAACGAGAACAGUCUGCUGCGUGCCAAGAACACCGCGCUGGCCGAGGAGAACAAGCGUCUCACCGACCUCACCCGCAUGCUGCUGUCGUCGCCUGCCUUCUCGCAGAUGCUCAACGACUUGAGCAGCGCGCCGCAAAACCUGUUCGCCCCGCCGCCGCAGCAACAGCAGCAGCCGUGCGGCUAUGUUGCAGCUCCCCAUCUCGGUGUCGGUGGUCCCUACGUCCCGGGUGCGCCUCCGACAGAGGCCUCAUGAUAGCCAACUUGGGACGGGAAAGAGCUUGCGGCCGGGAUCAUACUGGGAGGACAGAGGCAAGUGGGGGCAAAACCAAUAUCCCUCGGGAGGGGAUUCUCAUUUCAUCAGGGCAUGGCUUUGGGCGUUCAUAGGAUAUCUUGACGGAGUC